AUGAAGUUAUCACCGUUAUCUGUAGCCCUGGCCUACACGAGCUCAGUCGCUGCGAAUCUGUAUCCUCGCGUUUACUACGGAAACAGUAGCUUGCAAGCAAGUUCCCAAGGCUCUUUUCGAGAAGUCACAACACUCACUAUCAGUUCCACUGAUCCUGUUGGUUCUACCAAAACUCGUGUGUCGGAAGCCCUUGUUAGCCUGGCCACUAUUAAAGUUGGCGACGCAGUGACUGUUGUCACCACCUGGUGUCCAUUACCAUCAAAUGUUGUCCUAUCUUCGGAAAAUUCUGAAGUCGGAACACCUAGUUUCAACUACGUUACAACUGAAACCAGCAGUGUCACAUCACAGUCCACUAGCAUCGAUGAAAGCGGUGGGCAGCAUGUUGUGUCGACUUAUGUGGUCCACACCUACACAAUUACUGUCUGUCCAACUUGCACCCGUCAACGUACCAGUCAACCGUCCAGUACUACAAAUCUGGAUGCUUCCUCAUUAGCUACUUCUUCCUCUCAAAGCUCACAAGCGUAUUCACUUAGUCAUGCGCAUUCACCUGAUGCGAGUGGUUUGUGGAGUAAGCAAUCAAGUGAGAUUUCAACUCAUGGAGCAUCAAGUUUAGUUUCUCAAACGCCUAGCUCGAGUUUCCGAAAAUCUCAAAUAACGCCUGCCGCAUCGGCGCUAUUUUCUAGUGUCACAGGCAGAAGCAGCUCACUAGCACUGUCGGUUUAUUCUCAGCCUGCACCAUCUAAUAGCUUUGGGAGUUCUUUUUCGUCAAGUGCUUCCAAUACUUUGGCAACGUCUUAUGCAUACUCAGCGUCUUCCACAACUUCUCCUAUAAUUGAAAAGGGCUCUUCUACCCUUCAGCACAGUUCUGAUUGGUCAUUAUCCUCUCAGUCUGGUACAUCUGACGUUCUCAAAACAGUUGUUACCAAAUCAACCAACAGUGCAGGUUCGACCAGGUUAACGACGUUUUCGGCCCGCAAGGGCUUGACUACAGAGAUUUCAGACGGCGUAACUACUGUUUAUACUACGUGGUGUCCUCUAGAAACUCUGUCGAUUUCAACAAGUACGCCGAAGUUACUCGAAAGUGAACGCGAUUCCAGUAAGCACUCAUCAAAAGCAAGUGACCACUCAGCCAAUGGCAUUGAUUCUACGACCCGCCAAUCGGUCAUUUCUACUAGUUCCACCUCAGUACUCUAUCGGGAUCUGACUACGAUCACUUCAAACCUAGUAAGGAGCGCGAGCUCCAGUAUCUUGACCACUUUCGAAGCGACUAGGACGCUCACCACAGAAACCUUAAAUGGUAUCACUACUGUGUACACAACUUGGUGUCCAGUUAACAGUGACACCAAUCCUUCAUCGAAAGCAAACAGCUUACCUGUAAGCUCAGUCUCAAACGAUGAAGUUGCGCACACGCUAUCAACGGACAAGACGACAAUGGCAUCAACCUCUCGCCAAUCUUCGUUUUCAGAUGAAGAAAGCACAUUGGAGUUUUCGACAAAGGAGAAGUCCGCAACGGGCAGUCACUCCACUGUAAAGAGUUCCCCUGUUUCAAUCUCAUUAGACUCUAAAACAUCCUCGGUUUUAAACGCUGUCACUCUUUCAACAGUUGAUUGCUCCUCGGGAAAGUGUCACUCUUCAAGUACUCCAAGCACUAUUCUCACUACUGAGACCACAGUAUCGAGCCCCACAGCCCCAUCAUCCCUUAGCACUUCUUUUCACUCUUCUUCGUCUUCGGCCUCUUUCCCCAGCUCAGCUGCCCCUUCAGCAGUGAUCGGUCCUACCGUGUGUACAGGGGAUCUUUGCGUAACAUCAAGUGUGCUAUCAUACUUCAACUCAAAUGAGGCCUCUGUUAGUACUCGCACUUCAACUAGCCACAGUGCUCCGGUAAGAGGGCGCACAACUUUUAGUGGAGACUCUUCAACUGUCCAGACUUCUGUGUCAUCAGUAUGCAGUUCGUGUUCUCAAAAGUCAAAGUCAAGUGCAUCUAACUCAAAGUCAAGCACGACUGUAAGUUUUGGUUCUAGUCGUACAUUGUCGUCUACCCUUUCUACUGUGACAACUACGAGCAACGGGGUCAUUACUGAAUACACGACAUGGUGUCCACUGACGUUGGAAACCUCUAAGAGCUCAACUAAGACCAUCGCGGGUAAAACGUUUCCAUCAACCAAGGCCAUAGUGUCUCAAACUAGCUCAUCGGCUGGCAUCUUUUCCACCAAGCCCUCCAGCGCAAUCUCGAUUGUAGAUUCAUCUUCGGCAAAAACGCCACUCGCAUCUAAGUCUGCCUUGAUUGGUGUGUAUACUACAAGCUAUUCCUCGGUAAAAUCAUUAAUCACAACUUCCACGGUCGAGUUCCAUUCUGAGGCUCACGGUAUGCCUCUUUCGAUCACUAUCUCGGCAAAUUCACCGAUAUCUUCAUCGAGUACCGCAACUGAGGUUGUUUCGGCCCAUAAAAGCAACCCCACAAGCUCCUUGAUUGUCGAUGCUGCCACUUCAACAGCAAAGAAGAGAACUACGUCAAAAGAGAAUAUGCUAUUGACCUCGAGUACCUCAAGUGUCUCUUAUUCUACCGAUUCUUUGCCGAAUACACCCAGCAGCGCCUCUAGUUUACCUCAAAUGGAGACCGAAACGUGUUCAAGUUGUUCCAAAUCACUUGAAUCGCCCCCAGUAACAACAACAGUAACAGCAGCCGAAAGCUGCUCUAGCUGUGGAGAAGGAACUUCCAGCACUUCAAGUGUUAUUUGGGAGAGCCCUCCCAAGUGUGAUACUUGUUCCGAAUACAUAUAUGUGUCUCCUUCAGUCUCCGUUUCAAAAUCCAGUGGAUCGCCAUUCACAGCUACUUGUGUGACAUGUCCAGAUUCGAGCACCACAACCAGAAGCAUCACUUUGACAACAACAUGUUCCACAUGUGAAGGUAAUAUAGAGCGUCCACGGUCCAACAAGGUUGCCGUUUCAGCACCAUCAACUUUUUUGAGCAUCGAUACUUCUUUGAGCAUCUCCGUAUCGUUCACGUCGCAAAUCAUCACCACGACGAGUGAGGGAAUUGUCACCCAAUACACAACUUGGUGUCCUUUGACGAGCUCUGCGACGAGCACUAUCGCACCUCGCUCUGAACUAAACCCUAGUGCUAAUCACGAAUCAUCAGGCACGCCGUCUAAUGCCAAUUCUAAUACAGUGUCAAUCACCCAAUCUCAAUCGCUAGUAACAAUUUCAAAAGCUACUGAGUACAGUACCACCUCGACCAUCUCGGUGACCACAGUAUUACCCUUCACAUCGACGUAUACCGGCGGAAACGGACAGCUGGUAACCGUUAUAAGUUCUCGUUCGAGUUUGGUACCCACUGUAACAACGAUGUUAAUCAGCACAAGAGUUCCAGCUACCACUUCUUCGUCUUCUCUUGUAACUUCCACGCAUCCUGAUUCAAGUGCACCACACAGCCUUGGAUCCCGUUCCCUAUCAUCUGGCGUUGUUACAACCAGAAGUGAAGAGAGUUAUUCGAGUGAUGCAUCUACAUGGAUAACGACGCCCGUGGUAUCGACGUACGCCGGGUCGGCUGCUGCUCAUAUUCAACUUCAACGCAGCAGUGGUCUAUAUAGAGCUCUGGGGGCCAUUAUGCUGAUGAUGUUGAUUUAG